AUGCCAGCAUUAAAAACAAACGCAACAAACGAGCCCAUGGUGACCCCCAGCACACCCAUGCCGCCAGGGUACCGCUUCGUCUCCAAGGGCAACGUCUACAUCACCAAGAACUGCCGCAAAAACACGCAGGCGGCCAACAAGACCGUCUACGUCGUGGUCGAAUCCCUCAAUACCAAGCGCGUCAAGACCUUGGGCAUCCGGGUCCCCGCCGACAUCUACGGCGAGGUGGUCGAGUCGGAGCGGCAGACGCGGACGGCGCGGGCGACCAACGUGCAGAGGCGCGACGACGCGGGCCUGCGCGCGUUUGAGCAAGAGCUGCGGCGGAUGUUCCCCAAGGCGCCGACCGACGCCGUCGAGACGGUCGCGAGGCACGCGCUAGUCAAGCGGUCCAGGCGCGUCGGCAGGGCCGGCACCAUGGACAUGGACAAGAAGGUCAGGCUGGCCGUCACGGCGCACAUCCGGCACCUGCACACCGACUACGACGCCAUGCUCGGCCGCGGCGUGCCGAGGGAGGAGGCCAGGGCCAAGGUCUGGGCGAGGAUCGCCGAGGUCGCUGACGGCUGGGCCGGGCGGCCCGGAUCGCUCAAGAGCCAUGCUGCUGUCGCCAGGAAAGAGAAGAAGCUCGCACGGAGGAGGGGUGACGGCAGGGGAUCGGGACGGUCAGGUUCGAGUCCGGCGCCCGCCGGCGUUGGGGUUUCGAAAAAAGCAGCCAGGAAGACGAGGACCGCGGAAAAGAUCAGCAAAACCAACAGCAAGCCUCUUCCGGCAGCCAAGGCCCCCCUCCCGGAUCACGGUGGGAAGAACACCAAGCUCAAACUUGCCUUGAGACCCAUCGGUGGCGCCAGGCGAAAACCACUUCCCCAGGUCAAAAGACCCAACAUGAACACAAAGCAACCUGCAGACCGUCCUGGCGAAACCGAUAGUGAUCCUUUUGUGAUCUCCGAUGACGACCUCCCACAUCCUGAUGAGGACUUUGACGGCGCUAGUGAGGAGGAUGAUGACGACGACUUCUUUACCGAGUCGGAUUUAUACGAUUCGGAGGACUCGGACUACUACGACGAGGCUGAUUGA